UAAUAAAUAUUAAAUUUUUUUGUAAUAAUUGCGUUUAUUCUGUGUUUUUACUUGUUAAUUUUAAGCCAGAAUGGCUCUCAGCAAACCAAUUACGUCGAAAUUGAAAGAACGUUCUCGGACAUUUCACGAAGAAUGGGAGAUGCAAUAUUGCUUUACUGAAAGCAAAGCAUUGAAGCCCAUAUGUCUUAUUUGCUCCACUACGAUUGCCGUCGCCAAAAAAUAUAAUUUAGAACGGCAUUUUAAACAAAAUCAUUCAAGUAUUAAUAAAAACUACCCGGAAGGAAGUUCUCUAAGAGCUGAGUUUAUAAAGAAGAAAAAAAAAGAAAUAUUUGCCAAAAAUAAAAAGCCUUUUUCUGAUGGGGAAAUUAUUAAAGAGGCUUUAUCAAUUUUUUCUAAUAACUGUAAUGAUAAAAAUAUAAAAACUAAAGCAGACGGUAUUUCACUUUCGAGAAAUACUGUAACAAGACGAGUAGAGGAGAUGUCAAACGAUAUUAGCAACCAAAUAACACAAACCGUAACGAAAUAUUUAUUAGAGCUCAGCCAGUUGGAAACUACAAGUACCGGAAGAGACAUAUUUAUGAAAAUCAAGGAAUGUGUCGACAGAAAAGGUAUAGCAUGGGAAAAAAUUAAUUCUGUUUGUACUGAUGGAGCACCCGCUAUGACGGGAAAAAUAAAUAGUUGUGUGGCCUUGUUAAAACAGUUCUUAGGCCGGGAAUUAUUUUCAUAUCAUUGUAUCAUCCAUCAGGAAGCUUUAUGUGCCAAAGAUAUGAAGUUUAAUGAUGUUAUUGAUCCUGUAGUACGCUGUAUUAAUUAUAUCCGAGCCAAAGCUCUUCAUCGAAGACAAUUCAGGGUUUUAUUUGAAGAAGAAAUCAAUGAAUUCGGUGAGUUACAUUUGUAUUGUGCUGUCCGCUGGUUAUCUAAGGGUGAAAUGCUGAAACAUUUUUUUUCUUUUGCGGAGAGAGGUCUUGCAAUUUUUAGUAGAAAAGCAGGCAAUGCCUGAUGAGCGAGAUUUACUUGAAAGUGAAUCAUGGUUAUGCGAUCUUGCGUUUUUAAUAGAUAUUACACAGCACCUCAACAUACUUAACCGGAA